AUCUAAUCUUACACAGCGCUGAGAGAAUAAGAUAGACACAUUUAUUUUAUCACACGAGGACGAGGAAUGAAUCAGUUAUGGUGGUUCUUCAGGCUGGAAUGUUGUGUCUGGGUCCUUCAAUCAUCAUCAUCUUUCUUCUAACUUGUGGAGAUUCUACUGAUGGAUUUAAUAAAAAUAUUCAUACAAUCAACAGAAAUGCUUCUCAGGGAGAAACUGUUGUUUUUCACUGUAAUGAAAAUGAAGAUAAAGUAGCUGAUGUUGGAUGGCGUAAGGAGGAGAUUCUUCUUUUUAUCUACAGCCCUGUUAUUAACCAAACUGUGACAAACUAUACAUCAAACAGAAUGUAUGUCGAUCCCAACAAUCCACGGAAACUACACAUAUCUGAUGUACAGCCUUCAGACGCAGGAAACUAUACAUGUUUCCCACUACAAGUACAAGUACAGUGGAUACUGACCAUAGAAAUUUCUGAGAAUAAACCAGAGCUGCUCAGAGAUAUAUUUGUCUACAUCACAUCCUCAGUAACAGGAGCUACUGCACUGUGCUUUAUUAUCAUCAUCUGCACUGUGUGGAUUCACAGGAAACACAAAACAAGUAACAAGGAAACUGGGGAUGAGCUUCAAACACAAGGAGGAGGAAUGGACCCCAUUCAGAACAGCCAGUAUUUUGAGAGGUUUAACUCUAUGUAUGGAGAAGUCAAAUAAGGAUUUCACUGACAGUCUUACUGGAGUCUGGAAUCUUACUGCUCUUACAGAAAAUCUACAGUUUCUGAAGUGGUCAUCAAGUCCUUUUCACAAGUGGGAUAAAUCAAAUCAACCUUGUAAUAGCAAGAGGACACCGCUCAGCCUUUUCUGGCGUAGAGUAUAAUCUACAGAGUACACAAGACAAGCUAAAGACUUCAGCAUCUAUUCAAGAUGUUCUCUUAUGAUUUAGUGCAAAUUAUGUGUUGGAGCUCAGAAGAUGCUGUUGUUUUGGAACAACUGUCAGUAUCAGCUGUCAUAAGUGAUAAGAACACAAGCCUUGCUUUGAGUUUGAGAAGGUGAACCAUUCUGUGCUCCAGAAAGACUCUUUCCAGUCGAAAGAGCAAUAUUCAAAGAACAACUUGGAAAUGACGAGCAAUAUUAACUUUUAAACAUGUAUAAGCAAAGGAAAGUACAGCAGAACAGCCCAAAUUUACAUGCUGACAAAAAGCUGAAAAAGUAUAAUUUAUCAAGUGUAUUAAUAAUUUUACAUGUUUUUGUUUAGACUAUUCUUUGAAAGAAUCAGAUGAAGGGAAAAAUGCAGCAACCGUCCCUGAAAACUCAAAGCAAAGUUUGUUUUGUGUUUUAAAUAUUUUGCGUAUAUACAGAUACAAAAAUACACUUUCCCUUCAGGUGCAAUAUAAAGCUUAACGCUGACAGCUUCAUAAUAUUGUCAGUUUAUUAAUUUAUUUGUGAUUAAUUAUUUACUUAUUUUGGUUCCUUCAGUCCUGUGACUGAUAAUGUUAUUUGUAAAGUGCAUUUCUGUCUUGCAGCUGGAGUGAUGUGGCCAAGGAAACAGAAUGUAGAUAAAACUGCGAAUGUAUUUUAUGUAAUAUUCUAAAAUAUGUCAGUCGUUGUCAUGGGUGAUUUUCAUAUUGUUUCUUUUUCCAUUUCAGUUCAGUACACUGUCAGA